CAUCUCUCGGCCCACCUUCGCGCACCGCGGCCUCCCUCUCCCUCUCCGUCUCUCUCUCAAUCGUUCAAAACUUAUAUUUCCAACAUUUCCCACCACCUGCUCGUAUCUCCAACCUUCCCCAGUUCUCCCUCCUCCCAUUUCCUUCUCGGCCUCUCUCCAUGCUUCUGUCUUCCGCUCAACUCCCCUUCCUCCCCCUCCGAACCCCAACACCUCCCUUUCACUCGCCGAAGAGGUGUCGGCUCGCUGCGGUUUGCAAGAACCAAGUGAAGCAUGCGUCCAGUUUGGAGCUUGAUCGGUCUCUUCCCGGAAGUGGGGAUUCCCAUGCCGAGAAGAAGGCGAAGGGGACGAGAAUCAAGGCUGGAGAACUGAGCGGACGGUAUGAUGAUGGAUUCGGGACGAAGAGCAUGAAGGACUACUUCGACAUGGCGAAGGAGAUCAUCAAGCCCGACGGAGGCCCCCCUCGCUGGUUCUGCCCUGUUGAGUGUGGACCUUCGAUAAAGGACGCUCCUCUGCUGUUCUUUUUACCUGGUAUCGACGGCACUGGAAUGGGGGAUUUUUGAAGUUUGGUGCUUGCACAUUCCAGUAAAUGAUCGGACACCAUUUGAAGGACUUGUGGAAUUUGUUGAACGCUCUGUGAAUUCUGAGCAUGCUAUGUCUACAAAUACGCCAAUAUACAUUGUUGGAGAUUCCCUUGGGGGAUGCUUAGCACUUGCUGUUGCUGCUCGCAACCCCGCUGUUGGCAUUGUACUAAUAUUAGUCAAUCCAGCAACAUCAUUUGCCAGGUCACGGUUGCAGCCUUUACUUCCUGUCUUGGAGGCACUACCAAGCAACCUCCACAUCACCAUUACUUACCUUCUUAGCUUAGUCAUGGGUGAUCCUGUGAAGAUGGCAAUGGCCGGUGUUUCAAAAGAGCUUCCUCUUCCCCAAACACUGGACGAAUUGUCAAAAUGUCUUACUUCCUUGUUACCUAUACUCUCAGAUUUGGCCGAUAUUAUACCGAGGGACACUCUUCUAUGGAAACUUAAGCUUCUCAAAUCAGCUGCAGCUUAUGCCAAUUCUUGCCUUCAUGCUGUGGAAGCUGAAGUUCUACUGCUUGCCAGUGGAAAGGACAACUUGCUACCAAGUGGAGAAGAAGCAGAUCGACUUUGGACUUCACUAAAAAAUUGCAGAGUUCGGUACUUCAAAGACAACGGUCACACCUUACUUUUGGAAGAUGGUAUCAAUUUGUUGACUAUUAUUAAGGGUGCCUGCAUUUAUCACCAUUCUGGACAACAUGAUUAUGUCACAGAUUACCUUCCUCCUACUCACAGUGAAUACAAAAAACAUAUUGAACAAGAUUAUAGAUGGUUUCUCCUUGCAACAAGUCCAGUCAUGUUUUCAACUCUGCAAGAUGGAAGGAUAGUGAAGGGUCUUGCUGGGAUUCCUGACAAAGGUCCUGUCUUGUUCGUGGGUUAUCACAUGCUGAUGGCGCUCGAUGUUAUCCCACUUUUCAAAGCAUUCUGGAAAGAGAAGAAUAUUAUAUUUCAUGCCAUGGCGCACCCACUGUUCUUUUCAGAGAAAUUUGAAACUUCACGGCGGGAGUUCUGCCUACUUGAUUUUUGGAAUAUCUUUGGUGCAUUGCCCAUUACUCCAAGCAACAUGUAUAGGUUGUUUUCAAGAGGAUCAUUUGUACUUCUUUAUCCUGGAGGUAUCUGUGAGGCUCUACAUCGGAAGCAUGAAGAAUAUAAGUUGUUUUGGCCAGAUCAGCCUGAAUUUGUGAGAAUGGCUGCUCGAUUUGGGGUCACAAUUGUACCAUUUGGGGUUGUUGGAGAAGAUGAUGUGACAAAGUUGGUUCUUGAUUACAAUGAUCAAAAGAACAUUCCAUUUAUCCGAGAAUGGAUAGAAGCGAACAGUAAGGAAUUUACUCUAAGGUCUGAUGCCAGUGGGGAGGUUUCUGAGCAAAAGCUUUAUAUUCCAGGAGUUCUCCCAAUAUUACCUGGGCGUUUUUACUAUCUAUUUGGGAAACCAUUUGAAACACAAGGAAUGGACAUUCUAAAAGACAGAAGUAAAGCAAAUGCAAUGUAUUUGCAGAUCCAAUCAGAAAUUGAGAAUAUGCUCUCAUAUCUGAAGCGAAAGAGAGAGGAGGAUCCGUAUAGGAGUAUCCUAAAGCGGGCUCUACAUCAGGCUUUUUGGGAUUCCUCAGCUGAAGUCCCCACCUUCGAGCCAUGAUGGUUUGGACAGUCAAGAUGCAACUCUUGGUCCCAUAUCUUUAUGACACUUUCAGUUUGAUCAUGCAGAUGGUAGUAAUUAAACCACAGUCUGCAAAGCGUGAGCAAAGAAUUCAGCAUGGAUUGAGAGUAACAACAGAAAGCAUGUCAUUUUCUUAUUUCAAUGAAGCUAGGGAGAAAGUAGCCCGGCUAAUUGCAUCUAAAAUGAUAGGUUUGGUGGAUUAGGACACUUCUCUUAUGGAAUGGUAUAAUAAAUUGGCAGUCUCUGUUAGCCAAUAUAGUGGUAAGUGAGGUCAUGAAGUGGUUAAUAUUCAGGUACAAGGAUCGGUGGUUCAUAGCUGCUGUUGGGUUAAUAUUAAAUUAUAAAUAUCACGUCCUCAAAUUUGAAACAUAGCAUGACCAUGCUAUCAAGGAUAUUGUCUUCAAUAAUACGAAGCUUAUUAAUCAUAAUCGAUUCAAACUUAUUAUAAGUAAAAUAUAACAAAAAAUUUAAUUUCAUCAUUCAUCAAGUAAUUAAAAUAAAAUAGAUUUAGGACAUCUAAAUUUAAAAUCAAAUAUUAAAACAAUCACUUGAUUAAGAUUAAUUAUGUAGUUUUUUUUUAUCAAAACAAUCAUGUUAUGAUUAUUUGGUUAAUAAAUACAAUUAUUAGAUUAAGAUUAGUUAUGUAGUUUUUUCUAUCAAAACAAUCAUGUUAUGAUUAUUAUAUAAUAAAAUUUUUUUAUGAAUCAAAUAAUAUUUCAUUAGCGGACAAAUUUGACAGACUUAAGGAUCCCAAGGUCUUGAGAAUAUAGCACUUGCGUGGUGUUUUUUCCCAGGCAUUCUUGAUGCAGUAAUUUGUUAUUGAUGACUUAGACCCAAACACAAUGUCGAACAACCCAAACCUAUUACGGCAUUAACCCAACUAAACCAAACCCAACUUUUGGACGAGCCAACCGGUUUACCCUACCUAGGUCCAACCCAAAGCUAAAUUGACCGUGGCAUGAUCCGCCCCAUGAUAACUUUUAGGCCGUGGUAAUUAAACAACCCCAACCGUUGGAUACCUUCCUUUAGCCAUUGAGACGCUCCCUUUACCGGUCAAAAUUAUUUAUAAUAGUUGCUGGCUUUUCUCAAAAAAUAAUACUUCAUAUUACCACGUGGAAAAACAAACGGAGAACUAGGCUGAAAUUAGAGAGAACAAUUUUAUCCGACUUAUCAGAUAUCUAAAUUCAAUCGAUCAAAAGCUAGGGUUUUUCUCGCUCCCAAGGCCUCGCCUUUCUUCAAAGAGAGAGAGGAUGAAGAGCCGCGAGCUGGAGUGUGGAUCCGAGAGGAGAACGAGCGCUAAUUAUAAGAAAAAUAAUUGGAAGAUGAAGAAGAAUGAGAGGAGGUUGGGAGGGAAGGGCCUCUCUCUCGGCGCCUUCGCCAACACGAAGUCCAAGCCGUCGGGAUACAACCUUCGCUCAUCAAAAAGCAAAAGUUGUUCUAUAGAAAUGCCAAAUAUGUGAGCAAGUAUGAGAAGUUGCAAAAGCAGCAAAACCAGGAAGGUUGGGAAUGAUAAGGAAAAUAUUCCAAAGCCAAGCAGGAAUAAGAAGAAAAAUAGUUUACAGAGCUUGAGAGAGGAGUAUGAGAAGAAGCGUGCAGAAGAUGAGAAGGCAAGGAUGGAGAGAGAAGCCAUCAUUCAAGCAAAGAAAGAAGAAAGAGCGAAGGCUGACGCUAGAAGGAAGUCUUUGAGGGAGAAAAUGUUUAAGACGACCAGAUCUGGUCAACCUGUUAUGAAAUACAGAAUUGAGCAUCUUUUAGAAGGUUUAAUCGAAGGUUUAAUCGAAAGUUUUAAAAAGUA